GGCAGUUCAAGGCUGAAGUCGUGGUCCGGGUCCGUGCACUGCACCACCUCAGGCACCCCAACCCCGAGGAACCACCAAUCUGACCUGGCUGGCCCUUCUCAUUCAUUCCGCACUUGCACGCAACCUUUGAGUGAGUGAUAUCUUUUCAAUCAUUCUUUGCCACAACCACAAGUACUGUCAUUUGGCCCAUCAUGGCGGACAAAGAUGGCAAGCAGUAUAAGUACCGGCAGGAGAUCCAGCAGAUGAUGUACGUCUCGGGCGAGACAGGGGAGCCCUCGAUCGAGACUAUGGGCAUCAUUGAGGAGAUUGUCCGCCAGCAGGUCAUUGAGAUCCUGCGCGCCUGCACGGAGCUCGCCGCGCGCCGUGGCUCACGGUCAAUAACCAUCAACGACCUAAUCUUCCAGAUCCGCGACGAUGCGCCCAAGGUGUCGCGGCUGCGCACGUUCCUGUCAUGGAAAGACGUGCGCAAGAACGUCAAGGACUCGGAGGACAAGGGGGGCGAGGCCGACAUAGGUGCCGCCGAGGACCCGGCGAUGGGCGCCGGCGUGAUGCCGGGUGCGGGUCCCGUGGACGAGGCGGCCAAGAAGAACAAGAAGGCCAAGGUGGGGCUGCCGUGGGAGCCGAGCAGCUUCUACAGCCAGGAGGUUCCCGAGAGGGAGGACGAGGAGGACGAGGAGGAGGAGGAGAUGAACUACAUCACCCUGCAGCGGCUGCGCAAGGCGGACGAGCGGACCAAGGCCAUGACCAAGGAGGAGUACGUGACAUGGUCCGAGUACCGGCAAGCCUCAUUCACGUAUCGCAAGGGCAAGCGGUUCAGAGAGUGGGCGGGGUUCGGCAUCGUGACGGACAGCAAGCCCUCGGACGACAUCGUGGACAUUCUCGGUUUCCUGACCUUCGAGAUGGUCCAGACGCUCACGGAGGAGGCGCUCCGGAUAAAGGAGCAGGAGGACCUGUGGCGGGAGAGGACGGGGGGCGAGAACGCCAGCGGCACGAAGAAGAGGAAGCUGCACCAGGGCUUGUUCGACCCGCCGAGCGAAGGCAGAACGCCGGUGGAGCCGAGGCAUAUUCAAGAGGCAUUCCGGCGGCUCCAGGCCAGGCCGAAGAAGUCACGGGCCAUGCUGAACGGCACCAGGAUCGCCAAGUCGUCAGGCUUGAAGCUAUUCUAAUGAGGGUCUUGGUCAUACAUCUUUGCAGCGUGGGCGUUCUCGGAGGUACACUUGGGACAUUAGCUAUUGUUGCUAAGCAAUCAUUUGAGGGACAGCCUUGGAUACGGAUUGCCAUGUAAAUAAUCACUGCGGGGUCAGAUUCUAUGAUGAUCCAAAACGGGCGUCAUGUCACGGUCCAUUCCCCUGUCUCGAAUUGCAGACAUGUUUGCCCCCCACCGCCUUGCCGGGGGAUUCUCGAAGUACUGUGAAGUGACGAUUGUGUGUUGGAGUUGGUGUCUGCCCGGCGUUUUGGGAAGUGUAAUAAAUUGGGGAUCUGGUCGAGCAGCCGGGCAGCGCACGCAAGCCCCCUGCAGCCUUGCCUGGGCCCGCCACUCCGGACGGUGGGCUCGG